CAAUCAAGACGGCGUCAUAGCAACGUGCAGGUGGAAGUGCAAGAUGUCGACAAUGACGGAGGAGAGAAAUCAGGGGAGGAUCGACGUUUUGGCAAAACCCAAACCUUACGCCCCGACGUUUAGAGAAGACAGGCCGUCUGUGUACUGGACAGACCACAAACCACUGGAACCAGGCCCUGAUGGACACACAGUUAUUAAUGCUUCCCAACGAGUGCAGGAACUUGCCGGGACUAAACAACUUCCUACUAAGUUCGCACUUCCCAGAUCAACUUCUAUAUGGCCAGUAAAACCCGCAGCCAAGAAUGCCACGGCCUCCGAACGCAUCGAGUCGCUGGGUCAGCCGAAAUCAGUGAACCACGACUACCAGAUGGACCGCACACCGUACAUGACCGUCGGCGGAGGAGCAAAGAGCGCACAGGCAAGUGAACGCGUGGAAGUUCUCGCCCGGCCGAAACCCAGGGUGGACCGGUACGCAUACCCAGAGGACAGCUGGGGUCAGUACAUCCCCGUCUCGCUUGCCGCCAUGCAGUGUAAAGAUAACCCACACAUCGACCGUCUGGCCGAACCGAAGCCAUACCACUCGCAGUACCUGGGCGCCAGACUCAUCCAGUGGCCCGUCGGUGAGAGCGCAAUCAAGGCCAUCGCGUCGCUACGGUUACAGCAGUUGGCACGGCCGCUGAGUCGCGCACUCACCAAAGACGAUUACGAUCCGUAUGUUCUGUCGGCGGCCUCCAAGAGAGCGAAACCAUCAGCUCGCGUAGAGGAGCUGAGUCAGCCGAUCCCGCGAAAAGUGAGACAGAAGAAAAUUUAAAUUAGUUAUUUUGAAGAAAUUUUGUUUAAAAAUAUAUGUUAACUUAGUGGGAAAGGUUAACUGAGUUAUGUUGAAGAAAUUUUUUUAUAAAAUAUAUGUUAAUUUAGUGGAAAAAGUUAAGUGAGUUACAACAAUGUGUGUUGAAGGAAGUUUGUUUAAAAAUAUGUUAGCUUAGUGGAGAAAGUUGACUGAGUUAUGUUGAAGGAAAUUUGUUUAAAAUAUAUGUUAAUUUAGUGGAAAAAGUUAAGUGACUUACAACAAUGUAUGUUGAAGGAAGUUACUGAGUUAUGUUGAAGGAAUUAAAAAUAUGUAUAUAUGUUAACUUAGUGGGAAAAGUUAAUCGAGUUAUGUUGAAGGAAUUUGUUUUUAAAAUAUAACUUAGUGGAAAAAGUUAACUGAGUUAAGUUGAAGAAAUUUGUUUCUAAAAUAUAUGUUAGCUUAGUAGAAAAUGUUAACUGAGCUAUUUGAAGAAAUUGUGUUUAAAAAUAUAUGUCAACUUUAUGGGAAAACUUAAGUGAGUUAACGCUUGCAGAAUUUCAUUCAGAUGAUAAAGUUAAGUGAGUUAACGCUUGCAGAAUUUCAUUCAGAUGAUAAAGUUAAGUGAGUUAACGCUUGCAGAAUUUCAUUCAGAUGAUAAAGUUAACUGAGUUAAUGCUUGCAGAAUUUCAUUCAGAUGAUAAAGUUAAGUGAGUUAACGCUUGCAGAAUUUCAUUCAGAUGAUAAAGUUAAGUGAGUUAACGCUUGCAGAAUUUCAUUCAGAUGAUAAAGUUAACUGAGUUAAUGCUUGCAGAAUUUCAUUCAGAUGAUAAAGUUAAGUGAGUUAACGCUUGCAGAAUUUCAUUCAGAUGAUAAAGUUAAGUGAGUUAACGCUUGCAGAAUUUCAUUCAGAUGAUAAAGUUAACUGAGUUAAUGCUUGCAGAAUUUCAUUCAGAUGAUAAAGUUAAGUGAGUUAACGCUUGCAGAAUUUCAUUCAGAUGAUAAAGUUAACUGAGUUGUUAAUGCUUGCAGAAUUUCAUUCAGAUGAUAAAGUUAACUGAGUUGUUAACGCUUGCAGAAUUUCAUUCAGAUGAUAAAGUUAACUGAGUUGUUAACGCUUGCAGAAUUUCAUUCAGAUGAUAAAGUUAACUGAGUUGUUAAUGCUUGCAGAAUUUCAUUCAGAUGAUAGUUAACUGAGUUGUUAAUGCUUGCAGAUGAUAAAGUUAACUGAGUUGUUAAUGCUUGCAGAAUUUCAUUCAGAUGAUAAAGUUAAGUGAGUUAACGCUUGCAGAAUUUCAUUCAGAUGAUAAAGUUAAGUGAGUUAACGCUUGCAGAAUUUCAUUCAGAUGAUAAAGUUAACUGAGUUGUUAAUGCUUGCAGAAUUUCAUUCAGAUGAUAAAGUUAACUGAGUUGUUAAUGCUUGCAGAAUUUCAUUCAGAUGAUAAAGUUAAGUGAGUUGUUAACGCUUACAGAAUUUCAUUCAGAUGAUAAAGUCAACUGAGUUGUUAACGCUUGCAGAAUUUCAUUCAGAUGAUAAAGUUAAUUGAGUUGUUAACGCUUGCAGAAUUUCAUUCAGAUGAUAAAGUUAACUGAGUUGUUAAUGCUUGCAGAAUUUCAUUCAGAUGAUAAAGUUAAGUGAGUUAACCCUUGCAGAAUUUCAUUCAGAUGAUAAAGUUAAGUGAGUUGUUAAUGCUUGCAGAAUUUCAUUCAGAAGAUAAAGUUAAGUGAGUUAACGCUUGCAGAAUUUCAUUCAGAUGAUAAAGUUAACUGAGUUGUUAAUGCUUGCAGAAUUUCAUUCAGAUGAUAAAGUUAACUGAGUUGUUAACGCUUGCAGAAUUUCAUUCAGAUGAUAAAGUUAACUGAGUUAAUGCUUGCAGAAUUUCAUUCAGAUGAUAAAGUUAACUGAGUUGUUAAUGCUUGCAGAUGAUAAAGUUAACUGAGUUGUUAAUGUUUGCAGAAUUUCAUUCAGAUGAUAAAGUUAAGUGAGUUGUUAACGCUUGCAGAAUUUCAUUCAGAUGAUAAAGUUAAGUGAGUUGUUAACACUUACAAAAUUUCAUUCAGAUGAUAAAGUUAACUGAGUUGUUUUUAAUGCUUGCAGAAUUUCAUUCAGAUGAUAAAGUUAACUGAGUUGUUAACGCUUGCAGAAUUUCAUUGAGAUUAUAAAGUUAAGUGAGUUGUUAAUGCUUACAGAAUUUCAUUCAGAUGAUAAAGUUAACUGAGUUGUUAAUGCUUACAGAAUUUUAUUCAGAUGAUAAAGUUAACUGAGUUGUUAAGGCUUACAGAAUUUCAUUCAGAUGAUAAAGUUAACUGAGUUGUUAAUGCUUGCAGAAUUUCAUUCAGAUGAUAAAGUUAACUGAGUUGUUAAUGCUUGCAGAAUUUCAUUCAGAUGAUAAAGUUAACUGAUUUGUUAACGCUUGCAGAAUUUCAUUCAGAUGAUAAAGUUAAGUGAGUUGUUAAUGCUUGCAGAAUUUCAUUCAGAUGAUAAAGUUAAGUGAGUUGUUAACGCUUGCAGAAUUUCAUUCAGAUGAUAAAGUUAAGUGAGUUGUUAACGCUUGCAGAAUUUCAUUCAGAUGAUAAAGUUAACUGAGUUGUGAAUGCUUGCAGAAUUUCAUUCAGAUAACACAUCAAAUUGUAGACUAAAUUUAAUUCACAGCUAGCGUAAUAAUGUCUGUAUUUCAUACACAGUUAUAAUGUAGGAUUGAAUGUCUGUAGUGUUGAAUGUGAUGCCUAUAUGUUCCCAGUAAACUUCUGACAGUAUGAAUUGAUUUUUGAUGCAGUCAUUAUUUCUUGUUGCUAUUUGUGAUGUUUUAUUUCUUUCCAUCAGUAUAUGUCAACUGAGUUGUGUUUACCCUGGUAGACUUUCAUUUUUUUUUUAAAACAGAGGAGCGUGAAUAAUUAAUAGUAUAUACAUUCCAGAAUGUUGAAGUCGAGGCAAAAUUGUAAUUCUCUAAACCAUCGGAUUGGGAAGAGAAAUUUACUCUCUCAGGUGCAGCUUCAGGAGAGGAGUGGGGGCCAAGAUGGGGUCUGGAUCUCCCCUACUCUAGAUGAAAAAUAAGAAAAACCAAUUGACUUAUUUUAAAAUGCAUUCACUGCUAGUAUACAACUUCCAUUUAAGUAGUUGCAUGUUGACACCUCACCCCCCACCCCCACCCCCCACCCCCCCCCCCCCCCCCCCCCCACUGCAAAAAUUCCUGGAUCUGCUGUCAGUUUUAGAUGGGAAGUGCAGUUUUCUAAAAAUUAUAUUUCAAACCCCACAGAUUGAACUUAAUUAAGAGGCACAGAGGUUAUGUAAUCCUUACACCUCUCAAAAACCGAAAGUCUGCAGGGUUUUUGAACAUAACUUUAGUUGUGUAACUAAAUUACGACAGUGAAACCUUGUUAAUUUGGACAAAAUCAUUUCGCCAUUGAAAUUAAUUGGGACUAGGGUCUCCACGAGUACUCGAGUAUUCAGGCACGGGCCAAAUCUAGCUAAGCUCAAAGUCCAUUCACAGGACUCUAGUACCUGUGCAAGGAAAACCACUCUCAUUUAAUUAUAUGUUUUAAGUUAUUUUGCCAUAUGGGACUAGGGUCUUGACAAGUACUCGAGUAUUCUGGCAUGGGCAGAGCCUAGCAAGACCCAAGUCCAUUUACAGGACUCGAGUACCCAUGCAAGGAAGACCACUCUCAUUUAAUUAUAUGUUUUCGGUCAUUUUGCCAUAUUUGCUUGCUGCCGGUUACAUUAUAGGCUAUGAGACAUGUAGGGAAAUCAAAAGUGGAAUGUGUGGAAUGCAAUAUAAUGUCAUUAUUUAGCAUCCAUGUUCUGCGUUGGAAUUAACAUGCAUAUAUGGGUAAUUAGCGAUGGGACGAUUAUUCAUUGUUACUGAAAACCGCGGUAAGUGUCGGGUACUCAAUUCCGGGUCGAGAGUGACCCUCAAGUACUCGAGUCCAAUAUUUUUGGACUUGUAGGACACUAUCAUUUCACCAUUCAAAAGUAUCCAGAUUAUUGUGAACAUUCAGGCAAUAUCAUUGCCAAUGGAAUCUGGGUUAUACCCGGUAGUUAUACAGUAUGUUUAUACACAUUAUUGACGGAUCAUUUCACCAUAGCAUCCAUUUAUAGUUACAGUUAUAUUUAGACAUGUAUUAGCCAACGUUUACUAUGUUCUAAGGCAUCUGUAAUGGAACAUUUCUAUGCUUUCAAGAAGUGGGAAUUUCCUUACUGUUGAAUAGUUUGAUGAGUUGUUUCCCUUUAAUGACAAUCAAAUUCAAGCACACAUUCAACUUGUCUUUUUCAUCAUACAAUAUAUCGUGGGAAGAGGAAAGCCAAAUUAACAAGAUUUCACGGUUUCUGUGUCAGAAUGUAAUCCAUGACACAGUAUAUCUUCUUGAAAUAUUCUAAUUUAAAAAGAUAUAUAUAUACAGUAUAUAUAUAUAUAUAUAUAUAUAUAUAUAUAUAUAUAUAUAUAU